AUGUAUAUUUGGGUACCUGACGAUAGUUAUGUCUUUCCUAGUAGUGGUAAGAGAAAUUUAAAAUUUCAACGGUGUUGUUUUAAACGAUGGAAUUGGUUGGCAUAUUCUGAAAAAGAUGACGGAGCGUACUGUAAAUAUUGUGUUUUGUUUGCUGGAGAGGGUGGAGGUGUUGGUAAACAAACUUUUGGCAAUUUGGUAAAGAAACCAUUUAAAAACUGGAAAGAUGUUAUAGAAGUAUUUAAUAAUCAUACAAAUUGUGAAUAUCACAAAACUUGUAUUCUAAAAGGAACAUGUGCCAAACAAAUUUUAGAAAAAAAAGUCGAACCUAUAGAYAUCCAAAUAGAUUCAGGAAUAAAACUUAUAAUAAUUGAAAAUAGAAAAAAUCUUAUUCCUAUCAUUGAAACUAUCAUUUUUUGUGGCAGACAAAAUCUUUCUUUAAGAGGUCAUAGAGAUAGUGGCCCCUUGAAUUUAACAGAGCCUAAUGAAAAUGAUGGAAAUUUUCGUUCAUUGUUGAGAUUUCGUGCUAAUAGUGGUGAUGUAGCAUUAAAAACGCACUUAGAAACCUGUUCUAAAAAUGCUUCCUAUACAAGUCCAAUGAUUGCUAAUGAAAUAAUUUCAACGUGUGGGGACAUUAUUUUAAAAAAAAUAGUCAAUAAAAUUAAUGAAGCAAAAUGUUUUUCGAUAUUAGCAGAUGAAACAUCUGAUAUUUCUGGUAUCGAACAAUUUUCUUUGUGUGCGAGGUAUUAUAAUAAUGGUCAAAUUAAUGAAGAUUUCCUACUGUUUGUUCCGGUAACUGAUGUCUCGGGUAAAGGCCUUGCUAGUACACUGUUAACUUCGCUUGAUUUGAUUGGGAUAGAUUACAAUUACAUGAUUGGCCAAUGGCCAUGA